AUGAGGUCGUCCGACGAUUUCCUGGAGUUUUGUGAUGCUUGUUGGGACCUAUCCCUUCUUGGUGUGGUUUCCACUUUAUACACCACCACCGCCACCUCCUCCUCAUCCUCCUCCACCACCUUCUCCAUCGUCUCAACAUCUGCCGCUCUCCCGUCUGUCAUGCCCGUCAACACUAAGCACAAUCCUGACACACCAAAAAACACCAACACCGCUAUCGACGACACCAAAGAUGAGGACCUGGAUUGUACCUGUCCUCAUUGCGACCGCACCUUCAUCUCACGCAUCGUUCUGGUCGAUCACUUGCGAAUCCAUCGCACAGAGACUGGUGAACCAAUGUCUGAAGCACCAACCAACACCCACCGCACUCGGCUUCACUGCCCACAUUGA